CGCGCACGAAGGAGGACGAGUCAUGGGGAUCGUCGGCCUGCCGACGCAGCUAAAGGAAGCGUACCAAGAUGCAAGCGUGCUUCAUUUCGCGGGAAAGACGGUCGUUGUCGAUGCCCUGUCAUGGCUCCAUAAAGCAUGCUAUGGGUGUGCGUUCGAUCUCGCGCUCGGCAACGAAACGCAAACCUACAUCACGUAUGUCAUGCGUCGCGUGGAUCUUCUCAAGAACGCCGGCAUCCAUCCCAUCUUGGUGUUUGACGGGAAGAAAGUCCCGUUGAAGGCAAACACCCAUGACAAACGCAAGAGUAUUUCAGACGCGAACCGAGACUUGGCCAUGAAAAGCUUGCAUGACGCGCGUCACCUUCGCGGUGAUGAGCGGAAGGAACACAUGGCGAAGACCUAUACAUUGUUUCAGCGGUCUGUCAAAGUUACUUCCGACGUCGUGUGUGCCGUGCAUGCCGCGUUACGCGCCGCCUCGGUCGACUUUGUCAUUGCUCCGUUCGAAGCAGACGCGCAAAUGGUGUACCUGUGCAAGGUCCAAAAAGCCUCUGCCAUCAUCACAGAAGACUCGGAUAUCCUCGUGUACAGCAUCACUGCCAACGUCGCCGUGCCGAUCCUGCUCAAGCUCGACUAUCCCUCCGGCGCCUGCAAAAUUGUGUCCAAGGCGAUUUUGAAGGCCCAUGGCGCCACCGCCAAAAGCUCGGCGUUUUUGAAGAAACUCGUGCACUUUCUCGACGACUCGAUCGACAGCAUUCGCAUGUUUGUCCAAAUGUGUGUGCUGUCGGGGUGUGACUUUCUCGAGUCGCUGCCCAACAUUGGUCCCGUGACAGCCCAGAAGCACGUAUUUGCAUUUCGUGGAGCCCCCGGCCACCUACGUAUGCAGCGCAUCCUGUCCAAACUCAAGAUGGACAACUCGACCCUUGCCAUCCCCUCCGACUACCUCGAUCGAUGUCGCGCUGCCGAAGCGCUGUUUUACCACCACUACGUGUACAACCCGGAUUCGCGCGCGUGCGAGCAUCUAGUCAACGCGACGGAUUUGUCCAUGACCAAGGACAUUCACGACCUCGUCACUUGCAUGAAUCGAGGGCCUUCCAUUGUCGGCGACCCCUCGGGCUCAAGCGACUGCAUCGUCGAAACUGCUGACCGCAUGCAUACCACCUACCAUGGUCUCAACCACUCGACACAGACAAACGGUUCGAUGGCGACCCCGUCCUAUGUCACGCCACCACCUGCUGCACCGUCCAUAGUGGUCGAGAUAUCGGACGACGAGGUAGUGUCGACUGCCCAUGACGAUUGCAUGCGUGGUCGGCCUUCCAGCAGCAAGAACAACACGAACAGUGCUCCACAGGCAACGCUGUCACAACGAGUUGGGACGUCCGAUCUGGUUGAUCUAUUGGAUCAGUACCGCCGAAGCUCGACUCGGCACGCCCCCAAGCGACCGACGCCACAAGAGAACUUACCGAGCGACUUGAUCAAACUUGAUGACGAGUGUCCUGCGAAGAAAAGUCGUCAUGUCGCCUCGGUAUGUGCGCCGCAAGACCUGUUUGAGUCGUUGCAAGCAAUGCCCGAACCAAGCGGCAAGUCUCCGUCGCCGUCUGGAGUGACGUUUCGUCGUUGCGCGACAAGUGUAUUUGCCACAUCAGCCGGGAAAGUCCUGUCAUCGCACCAGACGUCUCCAUCAGCCACCAAGAAGAAGGCAGCGAAACCUCUGGCAUCGGCCAAGGGGCCAACUCGUCCAUCGCCAACCAACACGAGGACGCUCCAUGCGUUUUUCGCCAAGAAAUCCCAGCCACCCUCUUAAUAUACGCGCCCCCCAAGGUUUACCUCGUCGA